AUGCCGACGCUGGUGGCAGAGAAAAAGAGGAUACAAGACCUACUUGGCAUGGACCUUGGGGAUCGUCGCUUUGAAAAGAUUCUGUUUGACUUUGGACUGGAGCUUGACGAUGUAGUGGAGGAGGAAGGGAAAACCAUGUACAGAAUAGAGAUCCCUGCCAACCGAUACGAUCUCCUCUGUGCCGAGGGGCUCUGCUAUGCACUGAGGGCGUUUCUCUCGAUGGAGACAUACGAGGAUAUAGAUGUUGAGGAGGGGGAGGUUGUUGUCUACAAGACUGGAGGGGAGGAAAGACCGUGCAUAGCAUGCGCAGUUAUCAAGGGCGUGGAUCUUCUGUCUGAAGGAGCCUAUAAAAGCUUCAUUGACUACCAAGAUAAGCUUCACCUGACGAUUGGAAGGAACAGGGCAUUGGUCUCGAUGGGGACCCAUGAUCUCGACAAGAUUAAGGGGCCUGUCUUCUACAAAAGCGAGACGCCCGAGCGAAUCGGAUUCAAGCCCUUGAAUGCAGAAAGAGAGGUGAAUGGAAAGGAGCUAGGUUCUCGCUUUCCGCCUGGAAGCAAGAUCGGAAGGUACAUGAGGCUUAUUGAGAAGAACGAGAAGUAUCCCCUCUUUGAAGACUCUAUGGGAACGAUUAUGUCCUUGCCGCCGAUAAUAAACUCUGAUGCAACUAAAAUAAGCCCUGGGACCAAGAAUGUGUUUGUUGAAAUGACAGGAACCGAUUUCCACAGGGUUAAUACGGCGCUGAAGUUGCUCCUAGGGUGUUUUCGAGGAAGGAAGAUAGAGAGUGUUGAGAUUCGGAAUGGAAACGAGAGGACCAGAACGCCGGUCAUGCAUAAUCGCUCGUAUGUGAUGGGGCUGGGGGAAAUUAACAGGAGCCUUGGGCUGGAUCUGUCGUUGUCAGCAGCAAAGUCAUACAUGGAGAGAAUGAUGCAUAGCGUCGACACGAUUGAUGAAAGCACUCUCAGGGUUAGGGUGCAUGACAUCAGGUCGGACGUUCUUCACAAGUGCGACCUUAUUGAGGACAUUGCUAUUGCACACGGAUUCAACAACUUCAGGAGAGAGCUGCCAUCGUUCUUCACAGCCGGGUCUGAGAUUCCUCUAAACAAGUUUUCGGACAAGCUCCGGACUGAACUCUCCAUUAUGGGCUUUGACGAAGCCUUAACACUCACACUCCUGUCCCGUGAGGAGAAUGUGAUUGACGGAGACCAAGCAGUUGUGCUUAUGAACCCGAAGUCGGCUAGCUACGAGGUUUGCAGAACCUCUCUCAUUCCAGGGCUAAUGAAGACAGUGGCCUCGAACCUGCACAUGAAAAUCCCAUUCAGGCUGUUUGAAGUCUCAGAUGUCGUCCUUUUAGACAAGGAGAAUGAGUGUGGGGCAUCAAAUUCAAGGAGACUGGCAGCCAUGUACUGCGGACACACUCCAUGUCUUGAGGAAGUCCAGGGCUCUCUGUCUCUUCUUCUGAAGAAAUGUGGAGUGCGCCAUUCAUACAGCACCCACAACGACUCCGCUAGGUAUCUUAAGAACCAAAGUGCCCUGGUGAUUGUAGAAGAUGCUGCCAUCGGAUCGAUAGGCGUAUGCAACCCGGAGAUAUGCAAGACGUUCAGAGUUCCGUAUGCAGCAUCAUUCUUUGAGAUAGAUGUCGAGAAGCUCCUUUCGAUCUAUAUGGCCAGGACCUGA